CUAGUUCGAUGCAUCGUAAUUGAAGUAGUCGAUACUUUUCAAUGCACCAGAGUCUUAGUACAUGCUGAAUCAUUUCUGCGCUGCAAUUUAUUAGAUUAACUUGAACAAAGGUUAAGAUGCAGAUAACGUUAAUUCUGCUAGCCGGUUGCCUUGCUCUCGCCCAAGCCCAACUCCAACGCGUUCCUUUGCAUCGUUUUCAGUCUGCGCGUCGCCAUUUAGACGAUGUUGGUACAGAGUUGCAACAAAUACGCAUUAAGUACGGUGCAGAUGGAAUAGCCCCCGAGCCGUUGUCCAACUACCUGGAUGCCCAGUACUACGGACCUAUUUCUAUUGGAUCGCCGCCACAAAACUUUAAGGUAGUGUUCGAUACCGGCUCUUCAAAUUUGUGGGUACCCUCAAAGAAAUGUCACCUGACCAACAUUGCUUGUCUAAUGCACAAUAAGUACGAUGCAAACAAGUCGAAGACAUACGUGAAAAACGGAACCGAGUUCGCCAUUCACUACGGAUCGGGCAGCUUGUCUGGUUAUUUGUCCAGUGACACAGUCAGUAUUGGCGGAUUGAACAUUAAGGACCAGACGUUUGCCGAAGCCCUAAGCGAACCUGGAUUGGUCUUUGUGGCUGCUAAGUUCGAUGGCAUCCUUGGUUUAGGAUAUAGCUCCAUUUCUGUCGACGGCGUAAAACCUCCGUUCUAUGCCAUGUACGAGCAGGGCCUAAUCUCUGCCCCUGUAUUUUCGUUCUAUCUCAAUCGCGAUGCCUCUGCACCAGAGGGGGGUGAAAUCAUAUUUGGUGGCUCUGAUCCCGAUCAUUAUACUGGAGAUUUCACCUACUUGCCUGUGACACGUAAGGCUUACUGGCAGGUAAAAAUGGACUCGGCUUCCAUUGGUGACGUACAGCUCUGCAAAGGCGGCUGCCAAGUAAUUGCCGAUACAGGAACUUCCCUCAUUGCUGCUCCAGCAACUGAAGCAACUUCUAUUAAUCAGGCCAUCGGCGGCACUCCCAUUAUCGGGGGACAGUAUGUUGUGUCAUGCGACAUGAUUCCCAAAUUACCAGUUAUAAAGUUCGUGCUCGGUGGCAAAACAUUCGAACUGGAGGGCAAGGACUAUAUUCUGCGCAUUGCUCAAAUGGGCAAGACCAUUUGUCUGUCAGGCUUCAUGGGCAUGGAUAUUCCGCCUCCUAACGGACCACUGUGGAUACUGGGAGAUGUCUUUAUUGGAAAGUACUACACUGAAUUCGAUAUGGGUAAUGAUCGAGUUGGUUUUGCUGAUGCCAAAUAGAGAACAAAACCCUAAAUAACCAUCUACUAUAUACAUAUGUAUCAAAUUUUCCUGAGAUAACAGCAAAAAACAAAAAUAAAGACUAAUUGAAUAAAAAUCAUUAGAGCGAAAGCAUUAAAAACCUGCAAAUAAAUAUACAAAACAAUUA